UCCAAGCCUCAAACAUCAUUUUUCUGUUCUUAUACUCAUUAAAAAAUCUAACACUUUUUAUUUUAAAUUCUGACAAUUUUUUUAAUCCUUGUUCUGAAAAUAUUAUAGCAGCAACAUAAUAGAUGGACCUGGAACUGGGACUCAAAAUCACCAAAACUAGAGAUGACAUUGCUUCCAUCUCUAAAUAUCGAUUAGCAAAAGCAGGACCUGUUUUUCAAUCUAGAGAAACAAACACCGCUUUCAUCCUCACAGCUCAUCUCAAAGGUUAUAAGAAGAAUAACAUUAACAUCAAGAUUAGUGAAGAUGGUAGUAAGAUAUCAGUUAGUGGAGAGAAGCCUGUUCAGAAUAUUUUGAUGAUGGGAUGGUUAAUGCAUAAGAAAGAGGUUGAUGUUGCAGGGUUUAAUAAGGUUUUCAGAAUUCCUGAUGGGGUGAAAUUGGAUGGGAUCAAAGCCAAGUAUGAUGAGGAGGAAUGGAUAAUGAACAUUAUCAUGCCAAAAUUGGUUAAAGGAAUUUGUGGGGUUAAGAUUGAAGAGAUCAAGGAAGAAGAAUCUGAUGGAAGAAGAUCUGAACAAGAGAAAAAUGAAGGUGAUCUGAACAUUCCUAGUGCUGUUGGAGAGACAAGCCAAAAGGGGGCUAAAGAGUCUGAAGUUCAGGCAAUGGAGGACAGUGAAAGAUUCAUGGAGAAGAAAGCAGAAGUGUCUAACAAUAUGCUUGAUGAUUCCAACAGGGAAAAAACUAAGGAUACUGUGCAUAGAGAAGUAGAAGAAUCUAAAGUUGGAAAUGAUGGUGGAAAUGGAGAUAGUUUCAGAGAGGUUGGAAAGGAAGGGUGUGAAGUGAAGAACACAUCAGAACAAGAGAAAAAAGUUGGAGUAGGCACCUCACAGAAAAUUGGAGAAGAGGGCCAAAAGGAAAUCAAAGAAUUAAAGUUGAAGAAUGAGGAUGGAAGGGUAAAAACAUCAGCAAAGGGGGAAAGUGUAGGUGAAGGUAUGCCUAAAAACAUUGGAGGAGAUACAAGACAAGAUCAAGAGUUGAAGGUUCAAGAAAUGGAGGACAAUGGAGGUUUUUUAGAGAAGGAGGAGAAAGGAGUGAGUGAAAAUAUGCUUGAUGAUACCAAUGCAAACAUAAUUGGAGAUGUGAUUCAGAAAGAAGAAGAAUCCAAGUCAGGAAUUAAGGAUAGAGAUGGAGAAAGUGUGAAAGAAAAGAAUGUGAGAGCAGGACACAAAGGAAUGAAGAUAUCAGAAACUGAGCAGAAUGUUGGUGCACAUGUCAUACAGAAUGUUGGAGAUACAAUCCAAGGAGUAUCUAAAGAUUCUGUUAUAGAACAAAUUGGGGAAAAUAAAAGUAUUGUGGAGAAGAUGGAGAGAGAAGAGCCAGAAGAGAUGCUUGUUGAAGCCAAUGUGCCUACUGAGAGAGAGACACUUGGAGACUCAAACCAAAAACAAUUUAGAGAGCCUAGGCCCGAAACUGAGGAUAGACUAAAAGAAAGUGUGAAGGAAAAUAGAAUGGAAACAAUGAAGGCACCAGAACUUGACCAAAAUGUAGAUGAUCACGUACCUUCUAACAUUGGUGGUAUAAGCCAAGAAGAACAUAAGGAGUCUAGGAUUCAAUGGGAGAAGAAAACUAAAAGAAUAAAAGAGAAUAUGGAUGAAUGGAAAUCUGAAAAAAUACCUAUUCAGGCAAGUGAGGAUGGUAAAAAGCACAUCUAUGGCAAGAGCAUGCAAGAGAACAUUAAAAAGCCUAAGAUUGAAACUGGGAAUGAAGAUCACAUUGAAACUGGGAAUGGAGAUCAAGAAUAUGGAGUAAAGGCUGGUAAGGAAGAAUUUGAUUCAAUGGAAACAAGAAGGGAAACAUUUCCUCAGAAGUUGCCAAAAGGCACAAUUGAGGAAGGCAAAAGGUUGAGUGUUUCAAAAAUGCAAGAAACUGAAGAUGUCAUAGAAGCAAAGAUCAAAACAAAAUGGAAAGAGAAUGAAUAUUUGGUGGUUAAGGAUGAAGGUGAAGAACACAGAAGGAUGCACAAGCAAGCCAAAAAAGACUUGGCAAAAGAGACACUGCGAGAAAAUGAAGAUGUCAAAGAAGCAAUGGACAAAAGAGAAAGGAAAGAGAUCGAAUAUUUUGUGAAUAAAAGUGCAGGUGAAGAGCAUAAAAGGAGGCAUAUGGAGGCAAAAAAAGACUUAGCAAAAGAGACAAUGAAAAAAAAUGAAGCAGCAAUGGACAAAAGAGAAGACAAAGAGAUUGAGUACUUUCUGGAAGCAAGGAAGGACUUAACAACAAAGAAAAUUCAAGAAACUGAAGAUAUCAAAGAAAAAAUGUCCAAAACAAAAGACAAAGGGAUUGAAAAAUUUGAAGAUACGGGUGAAAGGAAAGAACACAACAGGUUGUAUAUGAAAGCGAAGGACUUCAAAAAAGAGACAAUACAGGAAAAUGAAGAUAUCCAAGAAGCAAUGAUAAAAAGAGAAGGCAAAAAUAAUGAACAUUUUGGGGAUAAGCGUGGUGAAAACCCCCAAAGGAUGCAUAUGGAAGCAAAGAAGAACAUAGGAAAGGAGAUAAUGCAAGAAACAGAUGGUGGCAAAGAAGCAACCGUUAAAAGAAAAAGAGAAGAGAUUGGAAAUUUUACUGAUAAGGUUGAAAGUGAAGAACCAACAAAGAUGCUUACGCAUGCAAAGAAAGAGUUAACAAAAGAAACAGAGCAAGAAAACGAAAAAGUAAAAGAAGCUAUGCUCAAAACGAAAGACAAAGAAACUGAACAUAUUGUGGAUAAGGGUGAACCCAAAAGCAUGAAUGUGGAACCAAAGAAGGAUUUAACAACAAAGAUCGUGCAAGAAAGUGAACAUGUCAGAGAAGCAAUGGUCAAAGGAGAAGGCAAGGGUUAUAAAUAUUUUGUCGAUAAAGAUGUAAGUGAAGAACCCGAAAGGAUGCAUGUAGAACCAAAGAAGGACAUGGCAAAGGAGAAAUUGCAAGAAAUAGAAAGUUCCAAAGAAGCAACGGUCAAAAUGAAAGGCAAAGAGAUUGAAAAUUUUGUUGUUAAGGAUGGAGGCGAAGAAAACAAGAUGAACAUGAAACUAAAGAAAGAGUCAACAAAAGAAACAAAGCAAGGAAGUGAAAAUGUCAAAGAAGCCAUGGGGAAAAUGAAAGGCAAAGAGACUAAAUAUUUUGUAGACAAGGGUGAAGGUGAAGAACCCAAAAGCAUGCAUGUGGAAGCAAAGAAGGAAGAUGAUAGAGAAGGCAAAGAUCAUGAAUGUUUUGUGGAUAAGGGUGAAGGUGAAGAGACCAAAAGGAUGCUAAUGGAACGAAAGAACGUAGAAAAAGAGACAAUGCAAGAAAUAGAAGGAGUCAAGGAAGCAAUGGUCAAAAGAAAAGGCAAAGAGAUUGAAAAUUUGGCUGAUAAGGAUGAAGCUGGGGAACUCACAAAGAUGCUUGUGAAGAAGUCAAACAAAGAGUUGACAAAAGAAAAAAAGCAACAAAGUGAAAAAAUCAAAGAAGCUAUGGUCAAAAGGAAAGGCAAAGAGACUGAAUAUUUUGCAGAUAAGGGUGAAGAUAAAGAACCCAAAAGCAUGUAUGUGGAAGAAAAGGACUUAACAACAAAGACUACACAAGAAAGCGAAGAACCCAAAAGGAUGCAUAUCAAACCAAAGGACAUAACAAAAGAUACAGUACCAAAAACAGGAGUUAAAGAGGCAAUGGUCAAAACAAAAGACAAAGAGAUUGAAAAUUUUGUUGAGAAGUUUGAUGGUGAAGAGCGCAUAAAGAUGCUCGUGAAAGAGUUACCAAAAGAAAGAAACAAAAGAGAAAAAUUCAAAGAAGUUAUGGUCCAAAAGAAAGUCAAAGAAACUGAAUAUUGUAUGGAUAAGGAUGAAGAAGAACCCAUAAACAUGCAUGUGGAAGCAGAGAAGGACUUAACAUCAAAGACUGUACUAGAAAGGGAAGAUGUGAGAAAAGAAGUGGUCGAAACAGAAGGAAAAGGUUAUGAAUAUUUUGUUGAUGAGGGUGAGAGUAAAGAACAUAAAAUGACGAAUAUGGAAGCAAAGAAGAACAUGGGAAAAGAGUCAAUGCAAGAAAGAAAAGGUGCAAAAGAAGCAAUGGCUAAAAGAAAAGGCAAAGAGAUUGGAAGAUUUGAAAAAGGUGAAGAUAAAGAGACUAAAAAGGUGCAUAUGGAAGCGAAGAAGGACUUAACAACAGUGACAAUGCAGGAAAGUGAUGGUACCGAUGAAGGCAAUGAAAACAAAUGCCUUUCUGAUGAGGGCGAAGGUGAAGAACCCAACAGGAUGUAUAUGGGAACAAAGAGAGAUUUGACAAAAGAGGAAAUGCAUGAAAAUGACGAUGCCAAAGAAACUGUGAUCAAAAGGAAGGGCAAAGAGAUUGAGUAUUUAGUGGGUAACAGUGGAGGUGAAGUUGAAGAACCCAAAAGGAUACAUACUGCACAAAAGAAAGAGCUAGCAACAAAGACAAUGCAUGAAAUUGAAGAUGCCAAUGAAAUCAUGGUCAAAAGAAAACACAAGGAGAUUGAAAAUUUUGAGGAUAAUGCUAAAGGUAAAGAAUCCAAAAUUAGGGAAGCAAAGAAAGACUCAACAAAAGUGACAAUGAAAGAAAGUGAUUAUACCAGAGAAGCAAUGGUUAAAAGAAAAGGUAAAGAGGUUGAAAAUUUUGUAGAUAAAGGAGAAGAACCGCAAAGGAUGCAUACGGAAGCAAAGAAGGAGUUAACAACCAAGAGAAGAGAAGAAAGUGAAUUUGUGAGAGAAGCAAUGGUCAAAAGAGAAGGGGAAGAAGAGAUGGACUAUUUUCUGAAAGAGGGUGAAGAUGAGAAGGACAUACCAAAGGAGAAAAUUCAGAUAGUUGAGAAGAUUGAGCAUGGAAUUAUGGAUAAGGAUCAACAAAAUGUACUAGGAAAAACUACUAAAAGAAAAGCUGAAGUACCAACUGAAGAGGGUCCCAAGCUGGUGGGGGGACAAGAUGGAAGCAGAGGACUUGAGGUUUCAAACAUGGAAGACACAAAAGAAAUUAUCAAAGAAGAAAUGGCUGAAACAGAAAGUUCAAGGGAAAAGGUUCAAGAACAAAAGUCUAAGAAGAAAGAAGAAACUAGUAGAGUUAUUCAGAAAACAACAGCAACUGAGAUCUUACAGAAGGAAACUGAGGAGUCUAACAAUGAAAGAAAUACCACAGAAAGACCAAAUUUACCAAACAAUAUGGUGAAAGUGGUAUUUGAAGUGUUGGGGACUUUUCAGGCAAAGCUUCCCAAGAAAGUGAUGGAAGCAAUUGGCCAAAAUAAGGAGAAGAAUGAAUAUGUUAUUGUGAAACUGAAAGCAGAGGGAUCUAUAGAGAUGCAUGUUGAACCAAAUGAGGCUUUUGAUGAGGAUGAAACUGAGGAAAGAAGUGAGAAAGAAGUUAGAAAGCCAAAACUCAAGUCUACUGAGCAAAUAAGUGGCAGAGAGAAUGUUGAUUUUGGGGUGUUUGAUGGAAGCAAAAGAUCAAAAUUUCUUGAGAUGGGAGAAACACAAGGCGCAAAAGAAGACAAUACACAAAUGGAGGAGACAGUGAAGAAAAUAAAUGAAGAGCAAUCUGAGAAGAUAGAAGUUGAAGAAAAAGGAAGAAAGUCAUCUCAGAAAGGAAGAGAAGGUCCUAAGAUCCAAACGAUGGUACAAAAUCAACAUCGUUUGCAGGAAGAGAAGGAAAUGCCCUUGGGAAAAACAACAGAAGGAGAACUUGCACAAGCCAUAACUACACAUUCAAAAGCAAAAAGUGAGAUUGAUGAGCUACAUGUAAAUCAACUACCAUCUCCAUCUAUUGAAAUGAGGAAUAUAGAGCCACGUGAAUCAAAAAAGGAUGGUUUAAAAGAAUUCAUUCAUUCUAUAGAUAGUACUGCAGCAUCAGAAGUAGUUGCAGAUGAAGCGGCUGAACCAUCAAAAUUUCUGAGUUCAUCUUCCACUCAACCAUUUGAAGUUGAAGGAAAGGAUAAGAUAGGUGCUAGUUAUGAUUAUGAAUCUCAAGAUUCAGAGAUGGACUCUGAAAUAGAUGGCGAAGCAUCAACCAAAGGUGAAACAGACGAAGAAGUUCUACAAAGAGAGACACCGCAGCCAGAGUUCCCUGAAGAUCAACAAUGCACACACAAAGCUCUGGAAGAAACACAUGAAAUUGAAGAAGAAAAGGAAGAUGAACAAGUAGAUGAAUCCGAUCAGGAAGACUCUGAAGAGUUGGAGGAGCAAAAAGAAUGUGAGGAGGAAGCCAUUGGAGGGAAGAAGGACCAGAAAAGGUCAAAGAAAAUGAUUGUUUCCACCAUCAUAGCAGGAUCAGCCCUUCUUGCUUCAGGAAUUUUUCUCAUUAUUCGACAUAGAAGAUCCACAAAAGGUGCCAAGUGAUAUUCAAAGUGAGUUGAAGCUGCUCAAUUUUUGAACUCGUGGAAAUUCAGCGGAGAAGAACAUGCAGUGGCUUGUUUUGCUGUGUACAUAGCAACACCUUUGUUGUUCGAUUCUGAUAUGCUUGAAGUUGGAAAUGGAAGCAUGAGCACGCACGAAACGAAAUUGUGUCUAGUUCAGCAUUUCAGCAUUAGCUAAGCCAAGGUAUCAUGAAGUCAAAUUCAAAAAAGCUUAUUUGUAACUUUGAAAUUAAAAUUUAAGUCUUAAAAUUGAAUUAAUGGAUUUGAUUCCUUAAAUAGAUUGGACUCAUAUAACAUUUAUGUAAUCUCUGAUUAAUGAGGCCUUCAAAAAAGAAAAAAA